AGCUAUUGAGGUAACUACUAGCUAUUGAGCUAGCAGCCGACAUGCCAUGGCUGAGAUGGGGGGAAAAAACGUUUUCCUCUCAUUCCGUCCGAAAUGGUGCCAAUCAGCGUACCGACAGUUUACUCACGACUUCCACACCGGCACAUGAUAUGAGGAUGAUGAUGACACAGAGGAUGAAGGCCGAUGAGGAUGAUUAAGAUGAUGAAGGCCUCUCCGCUUCUGCUGGGAUGGACAACGCACACACCAAAGAAUCGGAGGAUGUUCUGUCCUACUUCGGCGUCACUGAGGACAUGGGCCUCUCGCCCGAGCAGUUUAAGAAGAACCUGGACAAGUACGGCUACAACGAGCUACCAGCAGAGGAAGGAAAGAGUAUCUGGGAGUUGGUGGUAGAACAGUUUGAGGACCUUUUGGUUCGAAUCCUACUGCUGGCCGCCUGCAUCUCUUUUGUUCUGGCUUGGUUCGAGGAAGGCGAAGAAACCGUCACAGCCUUCGUCGAGCCGUUUGUCAUCCUCCUCAUCCUCAUCGCCAAUGCUGUCGUUGGAGUGUGGCAGGAGCGCAAUGCCGAGAGCGCCAUUGAGGCUCUGAAGGAAUAUGAGCCUGAAAUGGGGAAAGUCUACCGGGCGGACAGGAAGAGCGUGCAGAGAAUCAAGGCCAGGGAGAUUGUUCCUGGAGACGUGGUGGAGGUCUCUGUUGGUGACAAAGUACCAGCAGAUAUCAGGAUUAUCUCCAUCAAAUCAACCACUCUGCGCGUGGACCAGUCCAUUCUCACUGGUGAGUCUGUCAGUGUCAUCAAGCACACUGACGCCGUGCCGGACCCCCGGGCUGUCAACCAGGACAAGAAGAACAUGCUGUUCUCUGGCACCAACAUUGCUGCCGGAAAAGCCAUCGGCAUCGCAGUGGCAACCGGAGUCUCCACCGAGAUCGGCAAGAUCCGUGACCAGAUGGCUGCCACCGAGCAGGAAAAGACGCCUCUGCAGCAGAAACUGGACGAGUUUGGGGAGCAGCUCUCCAAGGUUAUCUCGCUCAUCUGUGUAGCCGUUUGGAUCAUCAACAUUGGCCACUUCAACGACCCCGUUCACGGAGGAUCCUGGUUCCGCGGCGCUAUCUAUUAUUUCAAGAUAGCAGUGGCUCUGGCUGUGGCCGCCAUCCCUGAAGGUCUACCCGCCGUCAUCACCACCUGCCUGGCUCUGGGAACGCGCCGCAUGGCCAAGAAGAACGCCAUCGUCAGAAGCCUUCCCUCCGUGGAGACCCUGGGGUGCACCUCGGUCAUCUGCUCUGACAAGACUGGUACCCUCACCACCAAUCAGAUGUGUGUGACCAAGAUGUUCAUUAUCGAUAAAGUGGAUGAUGACAAUGUGACUCUUGGUCAGUUUGACAUCUCCGGCUCCAAGUACACACCCGAGGGAGAAGUUACAAGGAGGGGUAUGACUGUAAAGUGUGGCCAGUAUGACGGACUGGUUGAACUGGCCACCAUCUGCGCUCUUUGCAACGACUCCUCUCUGGACUACAAUGAGUCAAAGGGCAUUUACGAGAAGGUGGGGGAAGCCACUGAAACGGCGCUGAGCUGUUUGGUGGAGAAGAUGAACGUGUUCAACACGGAAGUGCGUGGCCUGUCCAAGGUGGAACGAGCCAACGCCUGCUGCAGCGUGAUCAAGCAGCUGAUGAGGAAGGAGUUCACGCUGGAGUUUUCCCGGGACAGGAAGUCUAUGUCGGUCUACUGCUCUCCUGCCAAGUCCGGCAAAGCCCCUGUAGGAAACAAGAUGUUUGUCAAGGGUGCGCCAGAGGGUGUGAUUGAGCGUUGCACAUACGUUCGCGUGGGCACCACUCGUCUUCCCCUGACCGGGCCAGUCAAAGACCACAUCAUGGCCGUUAUCAAAGAGUGGGGCACAGGGCGAGACACCCUCCGCUGUUUGGCACUGGCCACUUGCGACUCUCCUCUACGAAAGGAAGAGAUGAAUCUUGAGGACUCCAGUCGGUUCGCCGAGUAUGAGACUGACUUGACUUUUGUGGGCUGCGUCGGCAUGCUCGACCCUCCUCGCAAGGAAGUCAUGAGCUCCAUCGAGCUGUGCAGAGCUGCUGGCAUCCGUGUCAUUAUGAUCACUGGGGACAACAAGGGCACAGCGGUGGCCAUCUGCCGCCGCAUCGGUAUCUUCUCCGAGGAUGAGGACGUCACUGGCAAGGCCUUCACCGGUCGUGAGUUUGAUGACCUCUCCUCGUAUGACCAGAAGAAUGCCGUCCGAAAGGCUUGUUGCUUUGCCAGAGUGGAACCGUCCCAUAAAUCCAAAAUCGUUGAGUUCCUCCAAGGCUUCGAUGAGAUCACUGCCAUGACCGGUGACGGAGUGAACGAUGCCCCCGCCUUGAAGAAGGCGGAGAUUGGCAUCGCCAUGGGCUCUGGCACUGCCGUUGCCAAGUCUGCCUCUGAGAUGGUCCUGGCCGACGACAACUUCUCUUCCAUCGUGUCUGCUGUUGAGGAGGGCAGAGCCAUUUACAACAACAUGAAGCAGUUCAUCCGCUACCUCAUCUCGUCCAAUGUAGGCGAGGUUGUCUGUAUCUUCCUGACUGCAGCCCUGGGCCUGCCCGAGGCCCUGAUCCCAGUCCAGCUGCUGUGGGUCAACCUUGUGACUGAUGGGCUUCCUGCCACCGCUUUGGGUUUCAACCCCCCAGACCUGGACAUCAUGGGCAAAGCCCCUCGAUCCCCCAAAGAGCCUCUGAUCUCCGGUUGGCUCUUCUUCAGAUAUCUAGCCAUCGGAGGUUACGUUGGGGCGGCAACGGUUGCCGCCGCUGCCUGGUGGUUCCUGUACAGCGACGACGGCCCAUUGGUCACUUUCCAUCAGCUGUCACACUUCAUGCAGUGCAGUGACGACAAUGAGGACUUCAAUGGGAUCCGCUGUGAGGUGUUUGAGUCUGCUCCACCGAUGACCAUGGCUCUGUCCGUGCUGGUCACGAUCGAGAUGUGCAACGCUCUCAACAGCUUGUCUGAGAACCAGUCCCUGAUGCGUAUGCCACCUUGGAGCAACGGUUGGUUGGUCGCUGCCAUGACACUGUCCAUGUCCCUCCACUUCAUGAUCAUCUACGUAGACCCCCUGCCGAUGAUCUUCAAGCUUACUCACUUGACUGUGGAGCAGUGGGUUGUGGUGCUGAAGCUCUCCCUCCCAGUAAUCCUCAUCGAUGAGGUCCUCAAGUUUGUAGCUCGCACAUAUCUGGAGGGAAAAGUCUAAAGACAAAGUGCAACCACGCUGAGCUGAUGUUGGAGGGAGAGAGACCGACAGAGCGGACAAAGGGAGUUGUGCGCGUCCAUCGAAAGAGAGCGCCAACAGCCACAUGACAUGAUCAAAUUCAACAGAACAUGCAUAAGUCUUCUGAAAAAAAUACACAAAGAAAGCUGCAAAAUAUUUUUGUGGAUGUAUUGAAAUUAAUAUAUAGGUCAGAGUUAAUUAUUGAAAUGAUACAGUGUUCUAUUCUUAAAGAAUAAAA